UUUCAUCGACACACUCACGGCCACACUGUUCAUGUCGUCACGCACGCACGUCGUCCAUUUUUGCCAAGAACUGAGACGAAAAUUUGUAAAUUAAACAUCAAGCGAGUCGGAGACGACGAACACCUAUCGACAGUGCAUUUCAGUGGCCUUUGAAAUACUGCUCAAACAACCUACAAGCAAUAGCAAUACUAUUUCUACCCGAAAAUAUAGAUUAACCCCCUAACUGAAGUUCGUGAAGUGAGUGCGUAUGUGCCAGCGGAGUAGUGGCACAAUAAAAAAAGUAAAUAAAGCGCGUGUGAAGUGGUGCAGAAAGCUAAAAGAGAGCGGAAAACCCCAAAAUCCAAUUAACCCCGACGCUCGAACAUCAUCCAUCUGCAGCAUUCAGCAUCCGAAAUCGGGCCAACAGUCGUCAGCUAAUCAAUCAGAGGAACCCCAACGAGAAGAACUCCAAUCAUAGCGAUGGCCUGUGCAACCCUGAAACGCGCCUUGGACUGGGAGUCGAUGAACCAGCGGCCUCCGAAGCGCCGGCGCUGCAAUCCUUUUGGCCAGGCCGGAAACAGUGCCAGUCCAUCGUCCCCGUCCCGAGACCGCGAUGGUCCCAGCACCUCGGCGGGCUUGCCCCACACGCCCAGCAACCGAUUCGCCAGGGAUAAUACCGAACCGAGCCCGUUCAGGGAGGCAUCGCUCGCUAAAAUGUCGACAGACAAAAUGGCCGAGAGCUUGUGCAACGAGAUCAAAAGACUGCACAAGCGCAAGCAACUGCCGAUCACCUCGUCGGCCUUGGAACGCAUGCAGGACUCGGAGUCAAGCGGAUCGGAGAUGGGGCCGGAGAGCCCGCGCCGCCCGGACAGCCCACCGAACCACGACGAGAAGGGCCUGUUCACGUUCAAGCAGGUGAAGCUCAUCUGCGAGAGCAUGAUCAAGGAGCGGGAGAACCAGCUGAGGGAGCGCUACGAGUCCGUGCUGACCAACAAGUUGGCCGAGCAGUACGACGCCUUCGUCAAGUUCACAUACGAUCAGAUACAGCGUCGCUACGAGGCAGCGCCUAGCUACCUUUCGUAAGGCUGUGUGGGGAGCUCGAGCCUCACAAAACAGAAAUUAAUAAUUGCACUACGAUCUUAUGUGACGGUAGAUUUACCGCGACAACAACAGCCCUCAUUUAAACUAAAAACAAAACAAAUAAGAAAACUAAAGCAAACGCAAAACAAACAAAAAACAAAAACCUAAAAAAAAAACAAAACAAACUACAACAUACAUCGUGUUUAAUAUAUUUUGAAAUACACGCGAAGAAAGCAGUUAUAGUUUAUGCAUAGAAUUACAUAUAUAUUGUAUCGGUUAGCAGCAAAGGGAUGAAUUAUUUAAAACAGCAAGCGGAAACAACAAAGGAAAGAAACCAACAAAUCUUGUUAAAUUUAUGUUUUUCACAUAACGAAAAUUCUAAAUAAAAUGACAAAUAUCUGAUAUGAAGAACUAUAAGCACAGCCACUGCAGACAUAUAUGGUGCAUCCGUAGAGAGAACGAUUCAAUGAAACCUCAAAGUAGCUUCGUACAUAACAGACCGACAGAAUUGGUAAAUAUAAUGUUAGGUACAUGUAGCAUAUAAGGUAUGAUGUAAACCGUAUCAAACUAUAUUGUUUUUUGAAAUAGUUAUUUAUGAGCGGAAGGCCCUCUGCAGAAGGAGGGGCAACCAUUAAAACAACAAAGAUGAUAACUCACUACUCAUGAAGAACACUUUUCAUAGUUUAUUUUUGCAUAUUAGUUGUACUAAGGCGAGAAACGAACGCUUGACUUUGUCUAUUUUCUCGAGUAUCGUUUGUUAAUUGUUUCUUCCUUUGAUGCGAAUUAUGGCAAAGUAAUGUAAACACAAAACAACUGAAAUGGUUCGAUUUGCUUUACAACAUACGGGAAAUGAAUACCGAAAUAAAAAAAAGGAAAGAAAACAAAAAAGCUAUUCAUUAAGUCAAAUUGAACGCUUUCAUAUAAUAUACGCUUGACAGAAGACGUUUCAUGUUCAUUACAAAUAUUUUUUUCAUACCUUGAAGAAUAUAUACAAGAAUAUAUGAUAUAUAUAUAUUUUUCAAUUACCGCAAUCAUACAUACUUUAUAUUAGUAAUUUAAACUUAAAAUUAGUAAAGAAAUGCCAUUUUUAUAUUAAAACAAACAAAAAUAAAAUGAUGAAUUGUAGAA